AUCUAUUUUAAACGUUUCUUUUCAGAAACUUAAAAAUGAAGGGUUUUCAAACGACCUGAUCCAUACGAAUUAAUUGGAGAAAGAAGAAUGGAAGAAAAUAAACCUAAAUCUCCAGGGGUCAGUAAACCCAAAACUUCAGAUGCUCCUUCUGGAGUUUCCAAAGCAGAGGAACCUAAAACUCAAACUGGAUCUGCUCUACCUAAGAAGCGUGCACUCCUGAUAUCCUUAGGACCAGUUGAGCGCCAAAUUCCUGGUGAACUUGAUCAACCCCAACCUGGGGGGUCUGGAACUAAGAAACCUGGUGGGAAGAUUCCUAAUCCUGCAGGGAAAGAUGAUGACUCGGACGGAUCUUGGGAGGAUCAGGAAAGCGACGAUGAUCAGGAUAAACUGACAAUUGACGAACCUCCGACGAAAAAGGGCAAGGUUGAAGAGACUGUGAAGGAAGAGGAGGAGGUGGUUGGUGCCGGGAACAUCCCAGAGAAUAUUAUCAGAGAAUGUAAAAAAUUCCUCUCUUUGGACCGAAGUCUGGAUAAAAAGGCUAAAAAGAAUAAUAUGACAAGAAAACAGGUUAAACUGGUGUUGAAACAUAUAUUCUCCAGUCCUCAACUCCUAGCAAUGCUCAGGGAUCAAGGUCUACUUACUUCUCCGACUAAAGAGGAGGAGAAUAUUGAAGCGGCUGAACCAAAGAUGACGAGAUCUAUUGUUAGAACUUUGACCCAGGCUGGAGAUCCGUGUCCCUGGAUUCUAAACCCUGUCACACCUUUGAAGGAGUCUGCUCCUGAGAUUAUCUCGCUUGUGACUGAAGAGUUCCCUGACGACGAGAAUGAUGAUCCUGAAUAUACUCCUGAUCUAGAACCCAGGAUAAGCGACGAUGAAGACAGUUUUCUAAUGUCUGAAAAUUCUGAAUAUGGGACUCCUCGCACAAACCUUUCUGUGAGUACUGUUAACACCCCUAGGUCUGAGCUAGGGACUCCGACCGACUUUAAAAAACCGUAUGCAGGAACCCCUAAAAGCUCUAAUACAACCUGGUCCCCUAGAACCAGUGUUGUCUCAAGAAAUCUACAGUUUGAGCUCAAUGAGACGACUGAGGGAUAUGAAACCAGAUCUCGGCGCUCUAUGACGGAGAUGAAUAUUGAGGAGCUAGAGCAGCAGUAUAUUCCCUUCGAUAUCACCCCGGACAUGUACGAUAUACCCUGCGAUAACGACGACUACUCAGAGUUCUUGAAAACUAUGUACUCUGGCUCCAAUAGUAAACAAAGUGCUCUGGAUGGCUGUGGACUGGACGAAGACGACCCAGAGUAUAGUUUCCCUCCGGACGAAGAAGAUAUUCGUCUGAAAGAUCCAGAGGAGCUGAGGGACGAUAGAGCAACCAAGAUCUCUAGAAAGGAGUUGGCCGAUCUAAUGGCGGAGCUCCUAGACUGUGCUACUCAAGCAAACCAGGAGGUUGAUCGUUCUGAGAGCAAAAAGAAGACGAAGGUUAAGAAGAAACGUCCAACUCGGACACUACAAACCCCGGUCCCUCCUAGCUUUAUGGAGCCCCAUACCCCUGGUCCCGACCUACUCCCUCCUCAUCCUUCCGUUGCUCCUGCAGCAUCUUCAGCUUCUGCUGCUGCUGCUCCCAAGGUUGAACCUAAACCUGAAGAGAUUAACGCAUUCAAUGAUGAGCAGCUCACUAGACUGCAGCUACAGAUUCAGCAGCAUAUUCAGCAGUUGACCCAGAUGCGGCUGCUGUCUAGUCAUAACAUCAGCUUCACCGAGGUGCGGGAUCAAUGUGAUGAGAUGCUUCUUGAAAUCCUGGAAAAAUCCACCAAUCAACCAAACUCAGUGUUAAACCAAAGUAAUCUGAACCCAUCCCUCUCCACAAUUCAUGAUUGGGAGAGGGACGGAGAGGAUCCAGUUGUUAUUCAAUCCAAGAGACGAAGCCAUAGCACUAAGAAGAGAUACAAAUAUGUUUUAAAGCACACGUUUAUUGACUUCUUGUCUACCCGGGAUAUAAUCUACUACCCCCGAUUAUUGCCUGGUUGUGGUCUGGUUAGGUGUAACAAGCGACCUAUCUGGACACAAGCUGAGGAUAUGCUCGUAGCCCAGGCUUUGGAAAGGUUAAAUCUUUACGGGAAAGGAGGAAAAGGAAUUAUGAGUAAGGUGAAUUUCCAGGAUAUAUCUAUCACUAUACACACCAAACAUUUACCAGCCAAAUCCGCUCAGCAGAUUAACUACAGGAUAAAGAAUACGCGUAAAAACCUCGAUAGUUCAGAACUUACUUCUCCCAUUACGCACUUCUUCAAAACAGGAUUUGCGCCCCCUAUAGUUCAUCUUCAUGAGUAUCCUCUUAGGGGAGGUGUUCCUCUCAAGCAACUAGUAGCAGGUGGAAGGAGAGAUGAUAUUCCUGUCGAGUUUAUUGAACGUAUUCUUCAACCUAUCAGACAAAAGCUCAGCAAAAGACCUGCACCAAUCGAACCAAAAGAGAUUGUGGUUGUUGAACCUGAUUUUCCGAUCAAUUCAGAUGAAAGUCCUGAUAGUACAGAUAGUGAUGAGUCUGAAGAAGAGGAUGUAAAACCACCGGUUCGACGGAAACCCCAGUUUAAACGACGGAAGCUGCCGCCGAUCAAACCGAAAAUAAUUCUGCCAAAGAAAGGAUUUAAAUCCAUCCUGCCAAAAUUAUCUCCUAGUUCUCAGCGAGAACUACCAAAGAGUCCGUCUAGCAAUAUAAACUCAAGGAUAGAGAAUAAGCAUGUUCAAAUUGUUCCCAGCAAUUGCAGUUUACAGUUUGCGAUGGCCGAAUUCGGUGGCGAUGCCUAUUCUCCAAUACGUCUAAUGCCCUGUGUGGACGGCAAUGAGACUCCUGUAAGCCUAAGUGAGAGUGACACACCUACCCUCCCUCCUCCUUCAAAACUAUCUAAACGAUCCCCGCCAAAGACCCCAACCAAGCCCGUGUUCAAGUCACCAAGUAGUUUCCGAUCUCCACUCAAAUCUCCGUUUAAAUCCCCGUUGAAAAGUCUGACCAACACGUUUAAUAGGUCUCCGUUAAAAGCGGCCAGUGAUAGAAUAAUCCGCAAAUACACUUCACCGUUAAAACGCGGGAACCGGGACUCUCGGCGUCUGGGAUUGAACUCAAUGACUCCUAAACGACUCCUGGGAUCUGACAACCUGUUGGGAAGGAGUCCUCAUACACCGCCUUGUCUUUCAUCUCCCCUAACCUCUCCGCGUGAGGGAGAAUUAGAUACACCAACGGCGGUUGGCCGUCGGAAAUCCCGACUGCAACGGGAAACGGAAGUCACUCUCUCCUUACUGGGAAACCUUGAAACCCCUGAGGAAAAGGAGCAGAGAGAGAUCGCGGAAACUCAGGAGAUGUUCUCUUCUAUUCAGGCAAUAAUAUCACAGGCUACAGAUCUUGAACAGAGAUAUGAGGAGAUUAUCAAUAGAGCAGAUGAGGCAGGUGCCAAGGAGACCUUCACCAAGCUUCAUGAUCUUCUGGAAGGACAUGCUGAUGUUCAGGUACUUCUCCUUGACCUACUAAGUCCUGAGGAUGCUGUAUCCCUGGGUUCCUCUGUAUUCUCUGCCUAUACGGAUAGAAACAACCUGAAAAGGUUUCUGCUCAAGCUCAGUAUAGUUUACAGACAACAACCAGCAUAUCAUACAAAGGUGUUAAAGGAGCUGGAGUCCUUAUCUAAGGACUCGACCCUGACGAGUGAAAGAUUAAAGAAUGUAGCUGGCCGAUUGUUCAGAAGUAAUCAGCAUUUGCUAGACGAAUUUCUUAUGCUUGUUCCAGGCGUUCAGCCUCCUAGCUCUAUGCUGCCGAGCCCGGAGAUGUUGACCUUGAUAGAUGAGGAUGAUGAUGAGCUAGAAGGUAUAGAGAUUGAACAGGUUCCUGUUCCUAGAAGUCCUCCUCCAGCAGCAGGAGGACCAGCUCAAACAUCUUUACCCAGUGUCAGAUUUAUUAACGGGAGCUGCUAUGUGCAAGACGGGAAGAGUUUAAAACCAGCCAAAAUUGAGAGAAUGCCGCUGACAAGUAUUAAAGAGAAUAAUAAAUAAGUGGAUAUAGUUAA